CGACGUUACGGUCUGAAACAUUAAACAAAGAUUCGUUCGUCGAUGGCAAAAGAAAAUAAAAAGGACAAUGUCAAUUAUGUGGACGUCGAAUUCAAGGUUCCCAUGCAUUGUAACGAAUGCGAGAGAAAGAUCGCCGGAAUCAUAUCCAAAUUCAAAGGGGUCGAAAAAUUCAUGACGGAUAUGAAUAGCCACAAGGUCGUGGUUACGGGUAAGAUUGAUCCGAAGAAAUUGGGGAAGAAACUCAAGAAAAAGACUGGAAAAAGAAUAGAGAUCGUUGCCAUGGAAGACAAAGACGAAGAACACGAAAAAGACGACGGAAAUAAUAUGAUUUUGGAGAUAAAUUUGGAAUCUUUUGGACCGUUGGAUCAUUCUUUAUUUGGUUAUGAUUACAGGGAUAGAGAAAAAUUCAUGGUUUUCAGCGAUGAAAAUCCCAAAUCUUUGUGUUGUAUCUCGUAGGAGUUCUUGAAUUUUUUUUUAUUUUGUAUGAUG